UCACGAAAGCGACUGUCGAGAAGGAACACGGAAGAGACGCGGCAAAGGGAAAGUUGACGGAGAAAGAAGGAGAGAAGCGAGGAGAGAGCAGAGAGAGAGAGAGAGAGAGAGAGAGUUAGGUAACUCCCACCUGUGUGUGGUCGGUGUUGGCGCAGGAGAGCGAGCACGUGGUCCGGCCGUGGUUAAUCCGCGGCAGGAUCUAAGCAUCGGUGUUUCUCUUCCACUUCCACCACCGGUCCGGGUCCACCACCACCGCCCACCCGCGCUCAGUGUUCGUUGGCCGUCUCCGGGUGAAGAAUGCGCGUGAGUUCGCAAAGUCGGUCGCCGUUACCACCACCACAACCCACCACCACAACUCUGUGGAACAGUAGUGGCACGGUAAACGAUCGCGAAGGUUGCCGGCACACGCGUUGUGGGGUCCUUCCUCGUGCACAUCGUGUGUGGGUCGAGGUGGAAACACACACGCCCCGCGCCGCCGAUCCGCGCCUUUUUUCUAAUUUCGUCGGUGGUAAGCACGUGGCGUGGUGGGUGUAAGCGUUCGACGAGGAGAACACGCGAGAAGAGGCAGCACAGCGGAACCUCGUCGUCGUCGUCGUCGUCGUCGUCGUCGAAGAGACAACCCUCGAAGCACGAGGGCAUUGGCCGAGAAGAGGGAAGGCGAGAGGCCUUCUGCGCUCAUCGAGGAUGCCGCCGCUUCCUCGUCGUCGGCGACGACGUGGAUGUACGCGCUUCUCGAGGGUGGAUUACUGGCGGACACCGGUGGUGUCAUGGAGGACGAUGUCGCGGUGGUCGGCGAUGGCACCCGCGUGAACACCUCCCCGAUCCUUCGCCAGUCCCAGGAGAGCCAGGAUCGCCGUCGUUACCCCCGAGAAGAGCAGGAGGUGCAGAGGUAUCGGGAGCAGAGGGAGGAGUUGGAGGAUCUGCUGUGUUUCGAAAGGGGGCCGGAGCAGGAGAUGGUGGCCCAAGAGAUGGCGCAGAGCUACGCUCAGCUCCUCCACCAGCCUGGCCAGGAGCAGCAGCAGCAGCAAGAGUUCAUCUCGUUGGACGAGCUGCAGUCGAGGAUCCACCAGGACGAUCGAGGUGGACAAGCUUCGACCAUUUUGUACCAGCAGCAGCAGCAGCAUCAACAGGGGAGUUACUAUAGUCUUUCGGCUGUUCAAGAAAGUUCGUGUUCCACGGUUUACUUCGGCGACAUAGGUACGGGAUCGGGGGUGGGAGAAGUAACCGGCGCCUCGGCGGGGGGUGGCGAAGGCCUCAGCCUGACUCCAACCCCCGCCACCACCAUCGCCACCACCGCCACCACCACCACCACCACCACCACCGCCGCCGCCGCCGCCAACCACACCACCCCGCGGAUCGUGACGGGGGCUGAACCGCCCCAGCACAUGGAGACACCCCCGGCCAUGGUCCCCGACCAGGCACCCGCCCCCGCCCACCACUACCACCGCGCUCACCACCACCACCACCACCACCACCACCACAAUCAUCACCAUCAUCAUCAUCAACGAAGCGCCUCCACCACCCCCACCCACCACGGCCCGGCCACCGCGGACACCACUUCCGACGAGUUCGUCGCCGUUUCCAGGAAGCGGAAACUCUCCUGCCACGACGGUAGUGAUUUAUUGGACGACGCGGGAGACGAUGCCAAAUCAGUUCGCACAAACGACGACAGUAAAAAGCAAAAUCACAGCGAGAUCGAGAAAAGGAGAAGGGACAAAAUGAACACGUACAUAACCGAGCUUUCGGCUAUGGUGCCCAUGUGCCACGCCAUGUCCCGCAAACUCGACAAGCUGACCGUGCUCAGGAUGGCUGUCCAACACCUCAAGACCAUUCUGGGCGCCGUCACCUCGUACACGGAGGGCCACUACAAGCCGGCGUUCCUCAGCGAUCAAGAGCUCAAGACGCUCAUACUUCAAGCUGCGGAGGGUUUUGUCUUCGUGGUGGGCUGUGAUCGUGGAAGAAUUCUUUACGUAUCCGAGUCUGUUUUACAGACACUCAACUAUUCUCAGGGUGACCUGUUGGGUCAAAGUUGGUUCGAUAUCCUGCAUCCAAAAGAUGUGGCCAAGGUAAAGGAACAGUUGUCCUCUUCGGAUCUUAGUCCACGUGAACGAUUAAUAGAUGCCAAAACAAUGCUACCUGUAAAAACGGAUGUGCCCCAAGGCGUAUCGAGAUUGUGUCCUGGUGCACGGAGAUCCUUUUUCUGCAGAAUGAAGCGAAAGGUCGAAGGGAUACGUUGCGGUGAAUUACAAGUGAAGGAGGAAUCCGAAUCGGCAAGCGGAUGUCAUCGACGAAAAAAACAACAAAACGUUGACUGGAAGUACUGUGUAAUUCAAUGUACUGGAUAUUUAAAGUCGUGGGCGCCCGCAAAAAUCGACCUCGAAGAACACGAAGGUGAUGGAGACGGAGAGGCUUGCAAUUUAUCGUGUUUGGUAGCAGUUGGCCGAUUGCAGUCCACGAUUCCGACAUCUUUACCUAAGAAGCCUCGUUUGAGAUCCAUCAAGUUCGUUUCGCGACAUGCGAUGGACGGUAAAUUCCUCUUCGUCGAUCAAAGGGCUACGUUAGUGUUAGGUUUCCUGCCACAAGAGCUACUUGGAACGAGCAUGUACGAAUAUUAUCACCACGAUGAUAUCCCUCAUCUGGCAGAAUCUCAUAAAGCCGCUCUUCAAGCAUCCGAGAGUGUCACCACACAGAUAUACAGGUUUAGGACUAAAGGUGCAAGCUUUGUGAAGCUUCAAUCCGAAUGGAAAUCUUUCAGAAAUCCAUGGACCAAAGAUAUCGAGUACCUAAUAGCUAAGAACUCUGUCACUUCCAGUGACUCCCGAUCGAUCACAAGUAGUGGGAACAGAUCUGAGGAUUCCAGUGUUCAAGGCAAUUACGACUACUUUGCACAAAGUAACGGCGGAUUAGAAAGAUUGAUCUCGAGUCACGUAGAGGUAAGUAAAAUUGGACGACAAAUAGCUGAAGAAGUUCUGGAUCUUCAAAGACGCGGUGAGGAUUCUUCUUCAGGUAGCAGUCCUGGACCGGAAUCUGCUUUAUUAAAUACGGAGUCACAAAUCACUACAACUGCAUCGCCGGAGAGGGUGCAGGAUGUGGCACAGUCAACCAGAGGCAGCAACAACAGCAGCAGUAAUCCUACACCAACGUACAACCACAUAGCAAACAACUUGCAGCUGAACAGCAUCGCGAACGACCAAGGUCAUAGCUAUUACUGUCUCUAAGGAGUCGUUUUCUUGGAGCGUCACCAGACGAAGGACACGAAACUACUUUUUUAACUAAGGAUGUGAUGGAUAUGAUUGGUGGUACCACGAUUAACGAAUCGCCAAACCCAGUGCCAUCUGAUGGUAACGACGAGGCAGCAAUGGCAGUGAUAAUGAGCCUUCUAGAGGCAGAUGCAGGUUUAGGUGGUCCUGUGGACUUUUCUGGCUUACCUUGGCCGCUUCCAUAGUACAUUUUAAUCUCUCCUCUAUUCGUGUGAACUGAAAUUUCAAGUGUCGAAAAUAACUUAUGCUUAUAUGGAAGUUAGAAGUGUGUGUACAUAAUAGUAUCAAGUGUGUGGACCAAGAUAAGGUUUUUUUGAUUUUUCUUGUUUUUGUUCUAUUGUGCUUGAGUACUUGAUCAAUCUUUACCAAUUGUGUCUAUGUUCCAAUUCAAUGGAAAGUAUGAACGUCACCAUGAAUCGUUUCUCAUUUGUUUUGAAGAAGUUGAAAUAUUCUUGGUGCUGAGAUGGUGCUGCUUUAAGGAAUGCAUAAAUAAUUGAACAUUUUAGUUUUAUAGACAUAUCAUUUCUGUGAUCAAAAAUGAAAUAUCAAACGUACAGAAUGAUUAAUAUAUACAUACGUAAAUUGAAAUGAACAUUUAUGUUCAUUUUUAUAAAGAGUAUGUAAAUUGAGACUGAUCCAAAAUUAUUUUUUGGUAGCAGUCGAUAAGAGAUGAAGCAUCGUAAAUAAUGAUGAUAAUUCAGAAUAAUUCGUAAAUAGAAUUAUAAUUCCCUCUGAAAAUGAAAUCAAUAUUUUUUUAAUGUCGGUCAACGGAUCGUUAAGUGAUUUCCUUUCAUAAUUUGUAAUUAAACGUAUGCUGUUUUACGUUUUUGUACAAAAUUAAAUACGAUUUAAAUAUUGUAAUAAAUUAAUUUUUAUCAUAAUAUUUUAGUCUGAUUUAUUACUAAUUGAAUAAUUAUUUAGAAAUGUCAAUUUUCGCUCAAGAGUUUCGCGCGAUAAUAUUAGGUCUCCUACCUCAAUUUGUAUUUUAUUGUAAUAUAUCAAUUUCCGCUUAUUUUUCAUCUUCAAUAAAAAAGAAAUAUACAAAAUCAUUCGGUAACUCUAGAUUUCAUCGGGACUAUGAAAAUAAUUAUUGCAAAAUUAAUCUAUUUUAACACUUUAAUAAUCAAAUUUUUUGUAUAAAUAAGUUCCAUAACAUUUUUCUGAAAAUUCACGGAUGAAAUUAUUUCCAAUUUAUUCUUUAUACAUCACUCUAUGAAAAAAAAAAAUAACUGCAAUGAAAUCUGUAAUGAAAUUAUUAUGAAUAUUUAUUAUUUUAAAAAAAAUAUUUAAUAUUUCACAUAGUUUCGAAGACAUUUAGAAAAUAACGAAUACCGUACACCGAUGAUUGCUUCAAAAAAACAAUUACAUAAAUAUUUAUAUGUAUAUAGCAUAUUCAUUGCACACUGUCCGUUUCAUAAAGCGAGGAUUUAGGUUAACUGUACAUAUAUGUAUUCGAGAUCUUUUUCACAGUAAUCAAUAUAAAUGUUUUGUCACUAGAUAUAAACCAACGGAUCAUUUUACAAUUAUUGACCGCAUCGUAAAAAGUGUUUUAUUAAAUAGUUUCCGGCAAAUAUAUCGAGGAACGAACCAAGAGUGAGGAUCGAAGUUCCUGUUCGUUAUUUAGCGACAAAUUAUUGUUGCCUGUAAAUAUGUAUUCUUA